CGGUUGGAUUUAACUAACACUGUCUCCUCCAGGGUCAGCUUCUUUGUUUAUCAAAAGAGAGAGGAAAAAAAGUUGUUAGAGAGAGAAACUGUGUCGUGUUAUAAACACCGAGGAUCUAGAGCGUGUUCUUUGAUAAGACUUUGAAACAUCAUGAUCUCACAUGUUCUUUGAUCUCAGAGUUUUAGAGUGAAGACCUUUAUUUAUCACUGAAGUUUGGUGUUUAAGCUGUUCACUCAUAUAAGAUUUGUGACUUGUAACUAGAGUGGAAAAUUUAAUCUAUAAGUUGCUUUGGUGAUAUAUUAAGUUCCGGGACUAUCUGUGUAUUGGGAAUCAAUGUCCUUCCGUAGUAUAGUUCGUGAUGUGAGAGAUGGAUUUGGAAGUUUAUCGAGGCGGAGUUUCGAGGUAAGGCUUCCUGGAAAUCAAAGGGGAAAAUCGCGUAGUUCGGUCCACGAAUUGCAUGAUCAGCCACCAGUUAUACAGAAUAGCCGGUGGGCUAGCCUUCCACCAGAGCUUCUUCGCGAUGUCAUUAAGAGACUGGAAGCAAAUGAGAGUACUUGGCCUGGUCGGAAGCACGUGGUUGCUUGUGCUGCUGUGUGCAAGUCUUGGAGAGAAAUGUGCAAAGAAAUUAUUAACAGUCUUGAAUACUGUGGGAAGAUUACUUUCCCUGUUUCUUUGAAGCAGCCCGGUUAUAGGGAUGGACCGAUUCAGUGUUUCAUCAAGAGAGACAAAUCUAAGCUGACAUAUCAUCUCUUCCUUUGCCUUAGUCCUGCCUUGCUUGUUGAAAAUGGAAAGUUUCUUCUCUCUGCGAAACGUACUAGAAGAACGACUUGCACGGAGUAUAUUAUAUCAAUGGAUGCAGAUAACAUAUCAAGAUCUAGUAGCACUUACAUCGGAAAGCUUAGGUCUAAUUUUCUCGGAACCAAGUUUAUAAUUUACGAUACACAGCCUCCGUAUAAUAAUGCUCAGCUGGCUCCACCUGGACGCAGCCGUAGAUUCUACUCGAAAAAAGUUUCUCCGAAGGUACCUAGUGGCAGCUACAAUAUCGCCCAAGUCACUUAUGAGUUGAAUGUCCUAGGUACUAGAGGCCCACGAAGGAUGAAUUGUGCUAUGUACUCAAUCCCCGCAUCGUCCCUUGAGCCCGGUGGCAUCGUCCCAGGCGAGCCAGAGCUUGUUCCCCGUUCACUCGAGGAUUCUUUUCGGAGUUUAUCCUUUGCAAAAUCAAUCGACACUUCAACUGAGUUUAGCAGCUGUAGGUUCUCUGACAUAAUGGGAGCUGGCAAUGAAGAUGACGAGGGGAAGGAGAUGCCUCUCGUUCUUAAGAACAAGUCUCCAAGAUGGCACGAACAGCUGCAGUGUUGGUGCCUUAACUUUAGGGGAAGGGUGACAGUCGCGUCGGUUAAGAAUUUUCAGCUGAUUGCUGCAACACAGCCUGCAGCUAGUGCGGCUCCUACGACAACAGGACCUGCACCUGCACGCUCUCAGCCGACACAGUCUGACCAUGACAAGAUUAUUCUUCAGUUUGGGAAGGUUGGCAAGGAUAUGUUCACAAUGGACUAUCGAUACCCUAUCUCGGCAUUUCAGGCUUUCGCCAUAUGCUUGACUAGCUUUGACACAAAGCUUGCAUGUGAAUAAUGACAAGAGAUAUAUGUGAUAAGUGCAUGUUUGGAAUCAUGAUAAAUUUGAUAAAAUUGCGGCGGCCCGUCAUUCUACCAACUACCAUGAAUCCAAACAUGCACUAAGACAAGUAGGAUGUAAUCUCCAUUUUAGGAAUUCAUAGCAUAGUGAAGCUGCAUUAAGUCAUUGUAUGCCUCAUAGUUAAUGUAAAGUACCAAACAAUCUGUGCCCAGUGUUCUUUUUUUUCUCUUUUGUUAUUGCCCUUUUCUUUUGAUUCAUAACAUAUUAGUAUGCUUUAGAGUUUAAACUAUCUUUCUUAAGCCUUGUUGAUGUAGACUUCAUUCCUUACUUUGUAUGUUUAAAGAUGUAAUAAAAAAUAUAGUAGCAUUCAAUAUU